AGAGGAGAUUUGUCUCCGGGCAACUAAUCUCCCCGAAUGUGACCGUGUGUCUCUGCCCUUACACUCCAGUUUGGGGGAUACAAAACAAUGACGAAUAGGUCAGACGUGCCCCUUAUUCACAUCAGCUGAGAAUGGAGAUGACAUUUGUUAAAUAUAUUUACUCAGGGGCCGGGUUUUCUUUCAUUUGUGCAGAACAGACUCAUUUUCCAACUUGCUUGGGCUCUCCAGGCAGUUCAACAUCAAUAAUGAACUCUUCCUUAUCUGUAAGCCAAAGACACCGACCAAAGGCCUAUUUCUUUUGCUGGUGCUGCACACGGGUGAUUGUAGCCAGGGAGUCCACCUGUUCUUGCGAGCCGUUGCCAUACUAGAGAACGGAGCAUUUAGUCCCCUGUUCAAAUGGCUACAAACCUGCCGUAAAGCAAUGCAACUAAUGCCAUGAGAUUCAUUAAAGGCACAAAGCAGCCAGAAUAAACCCACAGCAUGGCAGCUGGAAAAGGUAAGGGUUAAUAAGAGAACAAUAACAAAGAUCACCACUAGAUGGCAGCGCCCCAGUGUGGCUUGGGCAAUUCUAUUUGCUUCUUCCAAACUGGAUUCACCUCCUUCAGAUGCCCAGGGAGGGAACAGGACAUAACCCCCUAUUCUAAAAUCAGCCCCUCUGCCCCAAAGGGAGGGCUCUGAGACGGGGAAGUUGCCUAUAGCACAAGGGGUCGCAGGAGUGAGUUGUAGUUGGAGAAGUGACUUGAUAGGGGAUCAUGCUCUGGGUGUCUGUCCUUCUUCUGUCCGUUAACUCUCUCUCACAGGGGACAGAUGGGAUCUGGGACCCCUCACUGAAACCAGGUCCUGGUGCCCUUAAGCAAAGAAGAUGGGAGAGGCACAUUAUGAGGUCACAGCGUGACAUCAAGGGGCACAACGGCACCCACGUCAGUCAGGACAUGGGUGGCGACAGCUUAUCUAUUGACACCCUGCCGGAUAACCAGACUCAAGUCGUAGAGGACAGUUACAGUUACUACACAUCCAGGGUGUUCGGCCCGUCGGAACAUGGUGGAAUGGAUCUGUGGGUCGAUUUCCAGCAGGAGAAGGGCAAUAAGGCCAGAGUACAUGGAAUCCUCUCCAACACUCACAGGCAAGCUUCGAGACUGGUCCUGUCGUUUGAUUUCCCAUUCUAUGGGCACCCGUUACGUCAGGUCACAGUGGCUACAGGAGGGUUUAUCUUCAUGGGCAAUGUCCUUUAUCGCAUGCUAACAGCAACACAGUAUGUGGCCCCCCUAAUGGCAAACUUUAACCCCAGUUACUCCAAAAAUUCUACAAUCAGCUACCGAGACAACGGCACGUCGUUCGUUGUUCAGUGGGACAAGGUCCCCCUACAUGAGAAGGAAGAUGCCGGAGGAUUCACGUUCCAGACUGCCCUGCACAAAGAUGGCCGCAUUGUGUUUGGGUACAAAGAGAUCCCUCUGCCGGUCCAGAACAUUAGUUCUGCUCAGCACCCGGUGAAAGCCGGUCUCUCGGAUGCUUUUAUGGUAGUGAACAAUAGCCCUGAUGUUCCAGAAUCCAGAAGAAGGGCCAUUUACGAGUAUCACAAGGUGCAGCUGGACAUGAGCAGGAUCCGUAGCCGAACUGCCGUGGAAUUCAUCCCUUUACCAACUUGCCUGCAGCAGACCUCUUGUGAGCAAUGUGUGAGCUCCGUCCCAAAUCUCAACUGCAGUUGGUGCCAUGUAUUAAACCGAUGUUCUAGUGGAAUUGAUCGCUACCGACAGGACUGGCUCACAUACGGUUGUGCUCAACAGUCCCAGUCCACGUCCUGUGAGGUUUUUUCUGACUCUUAUACUCCGACCAAUGGAUCCCUUCUACCCACCUCCUCAGCAGGGGAUCAAUGGACUCCAACACCCUCAGCUUUUUCCGAGCUUCUAACUACUGAAGAUGACACUAAAUUGACUCCGUGCUUUGGAGAAGAUUUGCAACCGGAGAUCCCCAAGCAGCCUUCAGGGACCAUUGUGGGCAUUGUACUGGCAGUGCUCCUCAUCGCUGUUAUCAUUCUGGCUGUGAUUUACAUCAGCCGUCACUCAGGCAAACAAGGGCGAAAUUGCUGUGCCCAGGUGAGAACAACAUGGCAAUGGAAGACUCUUCUGAGACACAAAGGGGAGUAUCGUCCCCACCAGUGGGCAACAAUGAAGUUCCAAAAUCACAGCCCGGCUAUAUACAGGGAGAUGGAAUCCUCACCAGGACUUGAGAAGGAUAACUUUAUGGAAACAGAGCCAUAAGAUAAUUUAAUCUAUGUACAGGAUGGAAGGCAGGUCCCCCUACUAAGGGAAUCUCACCAAAUCCCUGUAGUGAGCCGAGCUUCACAAGAAGACUUAUCCUGGGCCACUCUCAGGCCUGUAUUGUUCCACUCUCCAUUUCCACUGGAGGAAAGUUGAAGUGAUCUAUGACACUACAGGGGAUUCCAGUCAACCUUGAGGACAUCUCAAGAACACCCAUCUGUAAAAAAGUCAACAUUAAUCCUGCUUAUCAUUCUACACCAAGCAAGAACUGCAACACUUGGACAACCAGAAGUCCAGAAGGCAUUUUAGUUCACCAAUAUGAACUUACUCCUAAGCAAUGACAGAUGAGAGUACUGAAGUUCAAUCAUUAGAGGCUGGAGGAUACUACAUUUUAAUAAUAGUCUUAAUAACUAGGGACUAGAGGACCCAGACUGAACUGGAUUUCAACAACAGCCAUCUGCCAAAUAUUUUUCCCAAGCUAGAGGUCUGACUUAGCUCCAUUUCAGCAUCAGUCGGCAAUACAUUUCACCUUAGCUUCUGAUAUCUUAGAGAACCUCACCAAGGGUCUUCUGAAAAGUACGGGCAUGGGACCUGUUAUCCAGAAUGCUCUGGACCUGGUGUUUUCCGGAUAAGAUCUCCAUACCUUAAGGCUUAAGUCUACUAAGAAAGCAUUUAAAUAUUAAUUAAACACAACAGGAUUUUUUUGGCAACCAUAAAGACGAAUUAUAUUUUAGUUGGGAUCAAGAACAAGCUACUGUUUUAUUAUUACAAUGAAAAAGGAAAUUCAUUUUUUUUAUUUGAAGUAUCUGAUUAAAAUGGAGUCUUCCUGUUUCAUGAUGGGUUUCUGGAUAACAGACAUGUAUUCUUAAAUUGCAUUGACCAGGGUAAGCUGCAUUUGACCAACAGGCGUCAGGCAAAUAUCUCAGCAAUACAGAAUAAAGUGUUCUGCUUCCAAGAAUGUACUUUCCAUUCCUUGUAUAACGAAGCCUCUUCUUACCAUAAGUUAUGUAGAUGAAUUUGUUUUAUUAAGAGAUAUCUAUAAAUGAUCUUUCCAAGAAGUGACCGGUGUUUAGUUUGGUCAAUGAAAUUUAAGGUACCAAAAAAAAAAUGUGUACACUAUAUAGAGGUUGGCACCCCUAUUGGCUUCCCAAGAAAGAUGCCUGGAGACCAUAGGUGGAGGAUAAUGAGGAUUUAGGGAUUUCCUAUAAAGACCAACUUCUAUGCCGGUAACUUGACCUCUAGUGGGUACCCUACAUAGGACAGGACCUUGAUUUAUAUUGCUAAAUCCCUGUAAACAUUGGCAGCAACCUACUUGCUCUAUGGUGCAUCCCAAGUAUCAUCCACCAUUGUUUUUUUAAGAGACAUUAUUAUUGAUAUAGACUAUGGAUUUUAAAUAUUUGAAACUAUUAAAAUAUUAAAAGUGCUACAAUAUAUGACCAAGCCCUACUCAAGGAUAUUUGUAGUAAUUAGAGCCAAGUUUGGCUGCAACAAAUAAAUGGAUGACAUGGAA